AUGUCAGCUAAUUUCACCGGUACGCCUUCUGAUGAUCUCCCCCAAGCACCAUUUUCGGGAGUAUCUUCUACAAUAUUUACACUACCAGUCUCUACUACGGCACAACCAAUAGUGCCUAUGCCAUGUUUCGUACCGUCAGCCUUCACUUUCCAAGUACCACAAUUUCAACUAGACACGGCUCAUGUCACCCCAAACUCCUACCCUCAGCACCCCCGAUAUGAGUCUCCCAUAGAACAGGAAAGAACUGUGAAGAACCCCGAGCAAGAAGAGAUAACUCGAAAGAUGAAAAGCAUCGAACAAAGUCUUAAGAACAUGCAAGGCCUAAGUGGCCAAAAAUGUGUCUCGUAUGUUGAUCUGUGCAUGUUUCCUCGCGUUCAUCUGCUUGUUGGCUUUAAAAUGCCAAAAUUCGAAAGAUAUGAUGAGCAUGGAGACCCGAUCACCCAUUUGAAAAGAUAUUGCGAUCAGCUGAGAGGGGCGGGCAGAAAGAAAGAACUUUUGAUGGCCUAUUUCGAGGAGAGCUUAACCGGAAUUGCGUUAGAGUCAUAUAUGGAACAAGAUAUCUCCCAUUGGCACAUGUGGGAUGAUAUGGCCCGGGAUUUUGUCAGACAGUUCCAGUACAAUGUGGACAUAGCUCCGAACAAUUUUUUUUUGUCCAACCUCAAAAAGAAAUCUUCAGAAAGCUUCCGAGAAUAUGCUAUCAAAUGGCGUGAACAAGUGGCCAGGAGCGGUUUGGGAGGUUUAGCAAACCGGAAAAAGAAAGAAGAGGGGGCCAUGGUGGCUUCAAGGUUGAGGAAUUCUCGCCAAUCCCGAGGUUACUUUGGUUCCUCUCCCAAGCCUCCGCAACAUUACUGCCCCCACCAGGAUGCACCAUAUGCUAUGGCUCCUCGUCCUUAUGAAGUAAUGAACGCCCACCCAUACACUCGCCCACAACAAUAUUACAAUCUGAACCGAGCUCCACCUCCAAGAAAAAACCCUCCUCGCCAAGCCUCAUAUAAUUCAUGUCCACCACAUAAUAAUUACCAAUAUAACACCUGUCCCCGUGAACCACCGAGAAAAGCUAACUUCACGCCCAUUGGUGAGUCAUAUUCUAGCCUCUUCCCAAAAUUAGUCCAAAUGGGCCUGUUACAGCCUGUACCUCCAAACAGGCAGAACAUAAAAUCUCCAUCCUACCGUCUAGGUACCAGGUGCGCUUAUCACUCAGGAGAGGAAGGGCAUGACACUGAAGAUUGUUGGACCAUUAAGAGAGCAGUCGAGAAUAUGAUAGAACGGAAGCGGGUAGUGUUGCGGGACAAGAAAGCCCCCAAUGCAACUAACAACCCAUUGUCGACUCACAAUAAGGGGCCGAUCAUUGGGAUGAUCUGUGAGGACAAAGAAUUUGACAGAUCUUUGAAAGCUAUUAUUGCUAUAUGUCGACUCGGAAAACAAACUCAAACUGGUGGCAAAACAAGCUAG